CAGAGUGUAUUUCUUCAUGGUCCUGAUGAUCAUCUGACAGAAACAGCUUCACUCUUAAACCAAUGAUCCCUGACAGACGGGCCAUGGGGAGAGAAGAAAAGUCGCAGAAUGGGCAGCAAGCCUGUGUACAUGGGAUUUUGCGGGGCCUUCCAGCAUCUUUUACACACAGCCUCUGUCAGGGUGAGAACACUCUAUAUUCCUCAUUUGGAGCAACUCUGGUGAGGGACGAUGAGAAGAAUCUUUGGAGUCUGCCCCACGACGUGUCCCACACAGAGGCAGAUGACGACAGGAUCCUAUACAAUCUGAUCGUCAUUCGCAAUCAGCAGGCCAAAGACUCAGAGGAGUGGCAAAAACUCAACUACGAUAUCUAUACCCUACGGCAGGUUCGAAGAGAGGUGAGAAACAGAUGGAAACGGAUUUUAGAAGAUUUAGGUUUUCAAAAGGAAGCAGACUCUUUGCUGUCAGUGACCAAACUCAGCACCAUCAGUGAUUCUAAAAACACAAGGAAAGCUCGAGAGAUGUUGCUAAAACUGGCUGAAGAAACCAAUAUUUUCCCCACAAGUUGGGAGCUCUCAGAGAGGUAUCUCUUUGUUGUGGACCGUCUCAUUACACUUGAUGCUGCGGAAGAAUUCUUUAAAAUUGCUAGUCAAACUUAUCCCAAGAAGCCUGGGGUCCCCUGCUUGGUAAAUGGCCAGAAAGAACCACACUACAUUCCAUUUCCAAGUCCCUAAAGGGGCAGGAUGGGAAUUCUUCCAUUGGGACUCAACAGCCAACCAAAGUUGAUGAUGGUCUGUAGAAGAGGAUGAGCAAGAAGAGGGCUUGCUAAUGGAAAAGUUACUCUGAAUCCUACAGAAAUGUGAGAGUUUCAUGAGGACCUUCCUCUACGAAAUGUUCGGGUUUCAUUGAAACACCCUGGUGACUUUGCAUCUAGAAAGAAACUUCAAGAGUAUGUCAGUAGCAUAGUUUAUCAGGUGAUUAGAUUCGAAAAGCCCAUCGUCCCAGGUUUUUGUUAUACAGUAAGCCCCGAUCAUUAAUCCUGUUGGGAGAAUGGCAUAUUCUAAUUAAUAAAACAAUAUGAUUAAUAGAGAGAGAUUAGCCCAAAAAAGAAUUGCCACUUUAAAAGUCAUGAUUGGGUCAUUGGAGAAGUCAUGACAUAUUUUUCUAUGCAAAAAUGCAUCAUGACUUUUCUGAUGACCCGAUAUUAUAAAAGAUAGGUUAACUCCAAAAUACUACCAGGUAGCAUGUGACCUCUCUUUUAUUUGGAAGAACCUGCAAAAGUUGGGAGGUUACCAAAGACAUUGAGGUUCACUUAUGAUAGUUCAGAAGAAAUGUAUCAGAUAAUAGAAAUUUGCAGGGUUACCGUUGGGAAGUGCACUCCAGGUACAGUGACCCCAACCAGAACUUCCUAAAUCUCCAUGUAAAAAGUUCAGUUUUCACUUGUGGUAUGUGCAUCUUCAACUCCCAACACGACUGCUAUCUGGUUACCUACAGUUUGCAAAUUGUCCAUUUCUACUCCCAAGGUAGAUAUUUUAUCUGGGAUAGCAGCUGUAAACAGAAACAUGGCUCUCCACUGCCUUCUCUUGUCUGUAAUCUGUCUCCUGCUCAUCAGUGGAGGAUUGCACCUGUCCAUUGCACCGAGAGAAGGUCACUGCUGGUCUUUCUUUCAUUCCAAAGAUGAUUUUCAAAGUGAAGCAAUACUACCAAUGCAGCUUACUCUGUCUGCAGACGAAGUCCAGCUUUAAAGGGUACUUGCCACUUCAGCAAGGAGCUUGCUCAGAGAGACAUUAUUGUUCACUUUUUUGAAAAGACUUUAAGGAGUUUUGUAGAGUUUAUCAGAAGAUUGCUGACAACAAUAGCAAUUUUUGAAAACAGAUUUUUGCACUUCUGACUUCAGGUUCAAAACUAACUGGUAUUUAGUCUGUCCAGGGGAUUGUGACUUAAAUUUUUCACAUAUGGUUUAGCUUUUCUGGUAGGAUACAUAAGGUUUGAAAUAUUUUCUAGAAGAGAUACAUGUUCUCCAUUUAUUAAUGUAUUGCACACUAUUUUAACUGAUGUGUUUCAGGAAGAGUCUUUCUAGUUUAAUAAGUAAGCUAAAAGUUUUAUUUUUUAUAUUUAGUGCUUAAUCCCUGCCUUAGGACAUUUAAACUUAGCCUACAGAUGUUUUCCCUCACUUCUGUAGGCUCUUGGAAGAUAAACAUGCAAACAGUGAAACAAACAAUAAAAGAAGCAAAAAAAAAAUCCUAGAACGUCAUAUCGUUUUAAUCUUCAUAUUCAGAAUUUGCGUUUUGUCUCUCUGCCCUUAUUUUUUUUGAUGGCAAAAUAAAUUAGACUGUUUGCACUUCUGGAGUACGAGUUACCUGAGUAUUUCUGGGAAUUAAUGAGUAUGGUAAUGUUGUCUCUAGGAUUAUAAAAAUAUGUGGAAUUAUCCAGAAAAUUUUGCUUCUAAGAAAUUAAAAGGUCUUGGGGAACCAGCAGUUAGUGUAAUGGCUAUGUCGCUGGACUCCCAUGUAGUCGACC